UCUCCCUAAGUCUAGUGACUUCGAGACAUUGCCUGUUUGCAUAUUUUAAACUAACUAUUAUUUUCUUUAGACAACCAAUGAUUCAUCUUCAAGUAUAAAACCAGUGUCUGCUUAUUGGGAAUGUAUGGAUUGUCAUACUUAUAAUCCAUCAGCACGUAAAUCAUGUAAAACAUGUCGUCGUCUUCGACAAGAUUUACUUGAUCAAUGUCUUAAAGAAUCUAAAGCACAACAGUCUGAACAAACAAAUGUUGAACCAAAAUUAAAAUCUUCAUCGAAUCAAAUAACUACAAAUAAUAAUGAAUCAACUUGUUUUACCACUACAACAACAAAACCACCACCAAAUUGGUAUUGUGUUAUUUGUUCACAUCAUAAUUGUAAUAAUGAUUCAGCAACAAUAUGUGCUGGUUGUGGAAGUAUUUUUAUGACAAAUAUCGAAUAUCUUAAUUUUGUACAUGAACAAGAAAAACAAUUAUUACGUUAUCAAGAAGAUUCAAAAGCAUUUCGUGAAGAUUUACGUGAACAAGCACAUGCUGCUUAUUAUAAAAAUAAUGAUGAAUUUGAAUGUAUUAUUUGUUAUGAAUUAAUAGGAAAAAACAAAGGUGUUUUAUUUCAUCAUUGUUUACAUCCAAUGUGUAAACGUUGUGUAUUACAAAUGAUUGAAACAAGUACUGAACCAUUACUUAAAUGUCCACAUGAUGAUUGUACAACAAUUAUUGGUGAAAGAGAAUUACGUGGCAUUGUUAAAGAUAUGAAACGUGAUCAAAAAUUAGUUGAUAAAUUAAAUGAAAUUGGUGUACGUUGGGCUGAAAGUCGACAUAAAACUUUUCAUUGUAUCACACCAGAUUGUAAACAAUGGUGGUUUAUUGAACAAGUACAAGGAAAUAAUAUAGUGUAUUGUGAUGGAUGUAAACAUUGGAUUUGUAUGACUUGUGUAGCUGUGCAUGAAGGUCAAAAUUGUCUAGAAUAUCAAGAAGAUCUUAAAAUUCGAGCUAUGAAUGAUAUAACAGCUCGUAAAGAUCAAGAACAUUUAGAAGAAAUGAUCAAAAGAAAAGAAGCUAUGCAUUGGUAA